AUGGGAGCCUCUUUGGGAACGUCUGAGGUUCGCCCUGAUGGAGCCCGGGCAAUGCGUUGCAGGUCGGAGCGCCAGGUUCCGCGGUGUUUCCGUGAGGUGCAAUGCCCAUACCCGCAGGCGCAAGUCGUUGGCAGCACCUUUGGGGCGAUCAACUAUUCCUGGCUUGGUCCAGAGAAUGGAGAGGUGGUGGUGUGCUUUCACGGUCUGAAUGGAACGCGGAUGCUUUUCCAGGACACUGCGGUGUACUUGGCACGGCAUGGAGGUUUUCGUGUUCUGACCUUCGACCUUUACGGCCAUGGCUUGAGUAAUGCGCCGCCUGUAGACUUGUGCCCCAGUGGCGCAUGCUCAUCCUGUUGUCUUCCGGGCUGCUGUUCGAUGAGCGGCGCCAGGGGAAGGUACGACUUGGGCUUCUUCGCCGAGCAGACCGCCGACUUGCUACACGCACUCGGUCUGGGCGAAUCACGUGUCAACUUAGUGGGCUUCAGCUUGGGAGGGGCUGUGGCCAUGGCCUUUGCGCACCGCUAUCCUCGUCGAGUCCGACGCAUGGUCGCCAUCUCUCCGGCGGGCUUCGUGCCAAAGGUUCCGAAGCUGUACUACUUGCUGCGGGCCUGUUGGUGCUGCCUCAUCCCGUUGGCCCCGCACGUUCUCUGCACAUGUUGGUACCGGAAGGAUCGAUUCGAGAGGUCAUUGCGAGGAGAUCCACAAGCUCAGGCGAUGAACCAAGAAGCCAUCACCAAUCUGUGGUCGAGAUUUGUUUGGCAGCUUUUUGUCAAGCGCGGGGUAGCCAGUGCCACGCUGGCCAUCUGUGACCGGGUGAACUGGUUCAACUUGGCGAACUUGUACCGCGAAGUGGGCAGGCAUCCCAGGCCAACCCUGCUAGUGUGGGGUGAACGAGACAACUUGAACCCGCCAGCCACGGUUGGGCAGAAGGUUGCGAGCUUCUUCUCGAACGUGAAGCUGCUGGUGAUCCCACAAGCCGGCCACAUCGCCCUCUGCGACAAGCCAGCGGAGGUGAUCCCGCGGAUUUUGGGAUUCCUGUUGCUCCCGGAGAGCACGAGCAUGGCGAGUGUGGGAGAGUUGCUCUCUACACUGUCUACACGUCCUCGACCGCCUGCUCAUGCGGAGGCAGCUGAACUUCAAAGGAAGGAAGGGAGAGCAGAGAUGCCGGUUCCCAUGAUCCUCGGCAACACGGACCCUUGCAUGGCCGAAGAGAUGCGGCGGGAGAUCCCGCCGGAGCUCCAGGCGCGGGAACUGCGCCGUCCGGCCGAACAGCGCCGUCCGGUGGAAGCGUCGAAGAGCGCGGUCCGUUGGUCGAGGCCGGACAUUUCAUCCUCCGAGGAGGUGCCUCAGGAGGAUCGGCGUGAGUCAGAGAAGGGCUGCCACUGGACUGCCCGGCUGAAGAUGGAAAUGUGUGGACAAGAUGGAUGCCAUGAGUCUGAGAUCCUCGCCUUCGACUUCCAACGUCGUUUGUGGGACUUCUAUGAGGGAAAGAGCAGUGCUCCACCAUUGGAAGAAGCCUCCUUGAUCAAGAGCAUGCCUUUCGACGAAUUGCAUGGAGCCUUUCAACUCUGUCCUGGCAUGGUGGUCUCAGGUUUGCUUUUGUUUGCGGAGGCGCAUUACUUUGCUUUUCCCCCGCCGGCUGACUCCAGAGAUCCCUUGCACAUGGCCAAGAGCUACAUGCAGUUUUUGCUCAAUUCGGACAGAGAAGAGUUCGAGACGAUGACUGAGAUGUGGCCAGUGCUAGAGGGGCAGCACCGCGCCGAGCUGGCUCGAGCGGAGGCGACCUCGAGAGAUUCGAGCGAAGUACCAUCCGUUGAUAUAGUGAUCGCCCGUUGCAGUACGACGUUGCGGUGGCUGUGGUCGCUGCCGCUCCCUCCACAGGCCCGUGUGGUUGUUUACAGCAAGUGUGAGGAGCGCGAUGGCAACCUCGAGAGGCAGCUUGAAGGCCUCGUCGGACGAGUAGCGCAGAUCCUGGUAGUGCCAAUGCAAGAUGAGGGGAAGUGGAUGACAGGUGAGUGUACUGCUUACUUGCGCCACAUUUUGAAUGGCCUGGCAGAUGCUGCGCCAAUCAACUCCUUGGCAGAUUACACGGUCUUUAUCCAUGAUGAUGCUCCUCGUCACUUGAAGCCUGAUUUCUUGUCCAUCAUCUUCCGCAGCUUGACUCAUGGAUCAUACACAGCAGACUAUCUCAACAUUGCUCAUGAGCGUUAUGUAUCUGCUUCCACACCUUGCCUGAGAUCGCUUUAUAAGCUGGUGUUCGGUGAGGAGCUUCAGGGUCGCCUUUCCACCUACUGCUGCGGUCACUUUAUCGUCAGCUCCAAGCGCAUUCGUAGUGUUCCUCCGGAACGCUUGGAAAACCUACUGUCUGCAGUGCAACAGGGGGCUUACACGGCCCUGGCCGGUGGGCUAUGUGAAGUUGCGAACAUGCCCUGUUAUGUCGUGGAGUAUUUGUGGCACGCUGUUCUGGGCGAGCCGGGGUUGUUGCCAUGGCGAUCGGAAGACACGCGCUUGCCCUUGGCACUUCGCUUUGAAGGUGGAAGAGAUACCCGACCCCAUUUCUCCGCUUUGGAUGCCACAAGCCCGGACCUACGAUCAAUUUGUCUCUCCAAGCCCCAAGCCCGGUGCCAUGAGUUGCCGCCAAGCUGUGCCAUGAGUUGCUGCGAUGAGUGCUUGCGCACAUCACUUCGUGAGGCCUACCGUCUCCUAUCCGCUUUUCCUCCUACAUGCAGUCGAAGCUGAGCUGAGCUCGGGCGUUUUCCCGACUCCCGGGACACUGAGAGACACCACCGCGCGCUUUCGGAAGCACCGGGUCCACGCGACCGGGUCGAGCAGAUGCCGGUGGACAUGUGGGGUGGAACGCCCGGUGGAACGCCGUUGGAACGGACGACGGUGCGGAUGCCGCGGUGACGACAGGUGAACGGACCGGUUGCAACUGAGCUCUUGGGAGGUUUCCGCAGCGGGACUCGCAUCGCCGUGCGAAACGAGGACCUUGGCA